GUCAGAGGUCACCACCUGGAGGAAAGCCCACCAUCGUCUGCUCGAAAAGAAAUUGUCCGUAGAUGAUAUCAUAAAAUAUCGUAAUGGUUGGUUGAAAUUGCUGACAUGGAAGGUCUUGCACUGAAAAUUGGCAAGCUAAGACAAAUUAUCAAUAGGAUUUGCUCUGUAGGGCAGGAGCAAAUAAGUGAUCAUCAACUCCAGGAGAUUCUGCAGCAGAUUAAUCUGAUAUUCAACCACAUCAGCAAAUGUAGAUUUUGUGGCAAUUUCAUCAGUGACACAUUGGAGUUUGUAAAUAUAAUAAAUAACGUUGCUGAUCUGUCACCCACAGUCAAAUCUGAAGUCGUAUCCAGCUGCAUUGUCCAAAUUUUGGAGCUAAUCACCAGAGGAGAUGUCUCAUUUGGCUUUAAAGUUGAGAUCCUCAAAUUAACCAAUGUGUUACUGGAAAACUGCCCAAAUAGUACGAAAGAAAGUUUGUUGACACAUGCAGUCUUUGAGAAGCUAAUUGUAAAGUUUGGGAGACAGUUGGAUACUGUUGGUGACUAUGAGUACCAGGUUGGGUUGAUUGAAUGCUUAUUCAGGAUUAUUCCAAAGAAAUUUCGUCUGAAGUAUGGCAAGCUUUUGUUCAGUGAUGCAUUGUUAUUGGAACAAUUCCUUGCUAUCAAGGACCAAGAUUUUGAAACCGAUUGCAGAACUUUUCUGAAUGAUUACAACAGUGAUGCAAGUCAGAAACAAAGAGUGAGGUCCAUUCCCUGCAUUUCUGCAUUUCUUGGAGAUCGUGAGCUUAAAAAACCAAAUGAUCCUGGUUAUGAUUACUUUUGGGUGGAUUUCAACUAUGGAAGUGGAAGACUUACAAUUUUCUGUGAAGAUUACAGUGCGGGCAGUCAGGAUUUUUCUGAUGACGGAUCUUGGGAAACCCUGUCUGUUUGGAAGUCUGAUGUGCAGCGAUACAAAGUAACUGCUGAAGAAGACUGUCAUCAUCUGGAUGUUGAGCUUAUAAAUCCAAUUCCAACUUUGUAUCCAAGUCAAACGGGUGUCUCGGGUAAGAUAGUGUCAUUUACCUUUGACAGUGUGUGGAGAAUGGAAGAGGCUGCUGUACAAACAUUUGGCGGUGACAAAUGGUUCAAAAAGCCUUCAAAAACAAAGGUGUCUUUACCUACCACUUCAGUAUGUGUAAGAGCAAGUGACAGCCCAGAUUUUGAAAUGGAUAGUAACUAUGAUGAACUGGAUGAAGAGAUUGGGACUUUUCAAGAGCCAUCUGUAGACCAGGAUUGUCUACCAAAAUUCUUCAUGCCAGCACAACCUACCAGGGUGAAAGUAUCUGUGCCAUGUGUUGCUGUUGUUGUAGACAGUUCCCAGAAUUCUGUGAUGGAGCCAGCACAAGCUAUUGCUAUGAAGUAUGUGCAGUCAUUGCAGGCACAGGGAAUAGGUAACAACACCUCUGAACCAGAGGAGGGAACAUGUCCAGAUGAUGAUCUCGAAGGUGUAUCCCUUGGUGAUGAAAAAUCCAGUCCUAUUUCAUCUAAGGUGUCUGAGCCAGUAUCAUGCAUUAAUCUGGGAUUUGGAAAUGUGGCGAAAAAGGCUCAUCAAAAAUCUGCAGGAAUACCUACCCCUAAAACGCCAACCAAUAGAGGUCUAUCGAAAGUGAAGGUAAAAACACCUGUAGCUGUAUUGACACCAAAUGAAGGUACAAAGAGCAGGAAGACUUUGAAAAAGAAACUGUCAACAGCUAAACCUUCAAGAAAAUCUUCUAAAUCUCAAGAAAAACAUGCUAUGAAAACAGUAGCAGCGAAAGAAAAUGAAUCCAUUUCCUUCCCUGAUUCUUGUCCAGGAAAUGAUGACAACAAAAAAGUACAUGCUGAACAGAAGACCAAAACAAACUGUCAGAGCAGAGCUAACAUUGUCCAGAAAAAGCAGCCAUGUGAUGCUAAGAGACCAAGGAAAGCUAAGAACAAUUCUUCAAGUAGCACCAUUUCUGAUACAGCUGUUGACUCUGAACCUAAAGACAAUUCAACUGAAAAUGCUUCAAACAAAUCAAAAGUAGAACAACUGAAGACUAGAAAGCAGAGGAAUGCCCAAGAAAAGGAGCAUGAUAGCAAUAUACUUAAAACUGUUCAAAAGAAAUCUACAGAACUUGAAGCUACCAAACAGGACUUUGCAUUUAGUUCACAAGACAGUCUUAUCAAUGAGAACACAUGCGAAGAGAUCUAUUCCAUGGAGCAGGAUGGCUUGUCUUUCACAGAAGAAUGUGACAAAGAUGUCCAGUGUUCAAUGAAAGGCUCUGAUAACAAAACAUCUAAAGUGUGUGCAGAAAAAGACAGUCAACAUUCUUUUACAACUAAUGUAGACAAUACCAAUAGAAAGAAAAAAGAAAAUUCCAAAGUUAUCAAAGAAAAAGAACAAAUCUCCAAGAAGAAAAGAUCAAAAUCAAAAAGAGGAAAAGACCUGAAAAUUGAUAAAGAUAUACCUGAUCAGGGGAUCCAAAAUGAUAAUGAAGUUGAUGUUAUUCAGAGCUCUUGUGAUUUUGAAAAGUUUGAAAAUGGACAAAAAUCCAAAACUGCAAAUAACAAUGAACCUGUUGACCAAGAUUUUAACUGUGGAGUGAACAAAAUUGCUGCUGACAAUAAAAAAGCCCAAGAAAGAUCCAAUGAUAAAAGCAAAAACAGAACAACUAGCAAAACUAUCUCGGAAAAGUCUGACGCUAGCGUUUUAGAUUGUGAUACUGAAGAUUUCAUUCAAAACAUGAAUGUCAGUGCAACAUUUGGAAAAGGAAAUCGUAAAAAGAAAUUAAGCAAAUUAAACAAUGCUCAAGAUGUUGACAAAAUGAUUGAGCAAACAAAAACUGGAUACACUUGCUCUGAUAAUGAUAACCCCAUUGAGGAUUCAGUGGAUACCCCUACAAACACUUGUACAGCUGUGAACUCCAAAAAAGACCAACAUUUGGAGAAAACUGAACAGUCAAAGAAGCAAUUAAACAAUAAGGGCAAUUCAAAGAGAGUUGAUCUGGAUAUUUAUGAUUUCAACGAAGUGGAUCAGAUGAGUAGGUCUUUCAUUCAAAGAAAAGGAGCAAAUUCUGGUAAGGCUGACAAACUUGUUGAAUGUGAGAUUGAUGUGCAAAGUGAAAAUGAUAUACCAGCUCCGUCUACAAAUAACGGUGUGGUUCUCGAAAAGAAAUCGAGGAAAAUAGGAAGAAAGAAAGACAAAAAAAUGAAUAAAUCUGAGAAUGAGGAAUUAAACACUGCAGCGAACUGUGACAAAGACGCUGCAUGUAAUCAAACCAAUAACAGUCCAAUUUCACAAACAGACAAAAGGUCAAGAUUAAAGAAGGUGAGGAAAGCAGCCCUGGAAACUGACGUCACCUCAACAGAGCAUAGCAGUAGGAAAACAAGGUCAGGUAGGCAGAGAAAACAAACUACCACAAAAACCUGUGCCAAGGAAUCUCAGGGUGACAAGGAAAUAGAAGUGAUACAAAGCUCAGUUGAUGCUGAAAAUGAUGGAGAUUUAGACAGUAGAACAUCUGUAAGGAAUGAAGACAAAUGUGUUUUCAAAGCCAAUCCAUUUGCACAGCCAGCAAAAGGAAAGCAAAAUAGGAACAAACAAUUACUGGUGUCAACACCAUUUAAAGAUUUUGAUGUUGAUGUGGAACAUUUAAAUGGAGAAAAUGAAGAAAUUCUUUCAUCUAUACAUUGCAGUGACAGUAAUGAAACCAAAGGUUGCAUGGAACAAUUAGAAAAACAAAAUGUCAAAGAAGACAAAAAUAUUUUGACCAAAAAGAAAAAGCAUGGAGUGGGUCAUGUAGAGAAGGAAAGUUUGGAUAAUGACAAACAACCAAAUCAACUAACAGGAUCAGUGCAAAAAGGAAAAUGUUCUUCAAAAAGUGGCAAAGGCAGGCCUGGGAGACCAAAACGGAAGGCCUCAUUAAGAGAUGAUUUGGAGGAUGAGGAGACGGGCGGUAAUUCACAGCUGAAAGAAGAUGUACUGUCAUUGUCCAAGAAACACCCAUCACAUGGAAAUACUGUUACGAGUAAGAAGACCAAAGUAGACGAAUGUAAUAGUGAUGUUCAUUGUGAAGAUGAUUUACAAAGUACAGAUGAUGGGUUGGUUUCUAAAAAGGGUUUUGAGAAAGCAGAAGCAAGAAAGGAGAGAAAAUCAAGGAAAUAUACGAAUGUGGAAUUAGAAGAUACAGAAGAUCAAAAUAACAAUAAGCAAACAAACAAGAAUCCUAUUAAAAAAACAGAGAAAAGGAAGACAAGGCUAAACAAGGGUAGACACACAGCUCCAGAAACAACAGCUGACAUCAGUUCAGUGAAACACAGCACUACAGAAACAAGGUCGAAUACGCAGCGAAACCCUGCUGUCUCCAAACUUCCUACAGAGGAAUCUGAUACAGAAUCUCAAGAUGACAAUGAAAUAGAAGUAAUACACAGCUCCUUUUCUCCUGAAACUGGUGAAGGAGUUUUGAACAAUAGAAAGUCUAUAAGAAAUGAAGAUAACGAUGUUUCUGAUGCACCUUCAGACAAGGAGCAAAGAUUGGCUCAUGUCGCAGGAAACAACCAUGUCCAAGACGAUGGACAAAACAAGCAACAGUCAGGAGGAGAUGUGGAUGAGGAAAUUAACUGUUCACCACCAGAGGAGAGUUCACUUGCAUUGUUUAACACCAAUCUGUCACAAGGGAAGGCCAUCAAAUCUCUCAGCCAGAGGAAGUUCUUCAAAGAGAGAUCGGGAUCAUCAACAUAUGAGAGACACGACAUGCAGAGUGCUUGUGUGUCUGCUGCUGGUGUUCAGAGGAAAAAAUCUUGUGAGGUAGAAUAUGGAAGCAGCAAAAAUCAAGUAUAUUUAGCAAUGUCAUACUCUUCAACUGACCGAAUCAAUUUGCCAUCGGAGAGAGGCGAUACUGCUGGAGAUCCAUACGACUUUGACAAGGAAUGUGAAAGAUCUACAAAAUCAGAAAAAAAUAACAAGACGAGGCAGGAAGACAAGUCAAAAGAUAAACAAGGAAAAUGUCAAACUCAAACUCAUUCCAAAAAAAAUGGUGCUUUAUUGAAAAAGAAAAAAUCUGCUUGCAAAGAAAGCAUGGACCAAUAUUUAAAGGAGAAACAUGUGACUGCUUCAGACUUUGUUGCAAAAAAUAAAAGGUCAAAGCCAGGUCACAACAAAGAUACAAAUUUAUCAAACUUAUCAAAAUGUUCAAGAAAAAAUGUUGAUGUGGUGAACAAUUAUACAGCUGAUGGUAUAAGCAACAGUGAGCAAGAUUCAGUUUGUUUAGAGAGUCCAGCUUUGUGUGUUCCGAAAGAAUUUUCUAGUAAAACACAAAAAUGCCAAAAGAAGCGUCAAAAGAAGCGCCAUAAAAAAGAAAUUACUGAAAAAAAUGUAAAUCGAUUGAUGGGAAGACUUUUAGGGAAGAAAAGAAAUGCGAGCACCUGCCAAGAUUCAAAUGAAGAGGAAGAGUAUGAUCAUCAUGAUGCACUUUGUCUUUCUAAAGGUGAUUCUGCUAGUCCAGUAAAAAUCCCAUACUGCGAAAUCACUCUUGAUGAAAUUGUCGGUGUUCCAAGACUUCACGGAGAAAACAAUCAUCUUCCAUGCUUCAAACAUCAUGAACAUCAAGGUAAUCAACAAAAGAGAGCACACUUAGAAAGCCCUAAAACCACUGAUACUGCUUAUAGAAGUGACUUUCACUUUGGAAGAAAACAGGAAUCCGUCGUUAAAAAUCAUAACUCUAAAUCAGUGACUACCAAAGGUAUGAAAAAGACACAAAUCAAUGAUGUAAGGAGAAGACACUUGGAUCAGUGGCCCAGUACAAAGACCCAGACUUCCUUUACUGAUGAAAUUGAAAAUAUUGACUCGGAAAGCUCAGAUGAUCAAUUAUGCAGGUCUGAUGAUGUUAGCUUGGAGGAGGAGCUGCCACUUGAAAACAGUAUCAUUACAAGGUUUAAUCAAUUUUGCAAGAAAAUGGUUGGAGAGCUAGAAGAGGAUGUACCUAUAGACAAGACAAGAAAAGAAACAAGCAGGACAUUGGAUUGUACAAAUAGGAGAAAAGAGAUUCCAGCAUGCAGAAACAACAAUGAUGAUGAACUGAACAGCACCAAUGAACCUAGGACUCCUAAAUUUGUCCUGUAUGAUCCUGAAGAUCAAGUGGAGAUAUGUAGUAUCAAAACACCAAUGACACUACCUUGCAGUGAUAUUGAGGGUAGCCAAGAGGGUAGUAUACCUUCAGACGAUUUACAGAUUCAGCCUCUGCAGGAAAGUUCAAAAGCAGAACGUAACAGAAACAGAGGUAACAGGUCAUUGCAGGACACAAAAAACACUGAUCUUUCAGGAAUUUUAUCAGGAUACUCCUCAGAAAUAAGACCUUCCAGAACAUCCAUGAAGAGAAAAUAUGAUAUUAUGCUUCAAUGUGAAGAUGACGAUGAUGUGUACAGAAACAAUCAGAACGCUGGUUAUGAUCUGUCAGAUACUUUGGAAUUGGAAAUGUGCCAUCUUAGACCGAGGAGACUGUUCAGUUCUGAUUUUAAAGCUGUUGUAGAAAUCACUGGCAGUAGUGAUGAUGAAGAUAAAGAAGACGUGUAUGGUCGAUCACAAGCAAGCAGUCGUAACACAGGAUCAAACGAGUUGAUGGGUGGUUCUACGAGUCACCUUGAAGGCAUCAGUGUGGAUGCUGGUGUUUCAGGAAUUGUCAAGGCUUUUGGAAUGGAUUUCAAGAAGCAAAUGCAGACAAAACAACAUUGCCUAGAUGUGCUGUCAAAAACAGUCCUGAAGUCAAGUCAGAAACAUUUGAAAAAUAUGUUGACAGACAGAACAGAAAGAAGGGCAAGUAUAAUGGAAAGGUUUGGUAAAAAGUUACUGGCCGAGCUGACUGCACUUGGUAUCGAUGUCAGAACUCUGGAAGAUAACGAAGCGAAGACUCUGGACUUUUUCCAGCAGCAAAUGAAGAAUAUUAAUAAAUGCAGAAUUUCUCAAGAAAAAAGACUGGAAAACUUGAGAAACAUGCAGCUUGACUUUGUGGCAAGCAUGUGUCACAUGGACCAGUAUGAAUCCAACCAGCAGACAACAUUUAAAAAUGCAAUGAAGAAAGACCUGACCACAAUGCAGAGGAAAUUGCUUGCAGAUGCACAAAGACAGGAACUUACAACUGUAAGAAGAAGCCUUCACACAAUGAUUGGAUAGAAUGUGGUAGUUUAGUUGUAUAUAUGUGCCUAGUAGUUUAGUUAUGUGUCUGGUAGUGGUAAAUAUUUACAAGCUGCCAUGAUCGUAAUGGCUCUACAUCUGUCCUAAGCUAUACAAUUGUGCUCUCUUUGAUAUAUUUAUUAGAGGUAAAUUCAAAAUAUAAAGAAUGAGUUUGGGUUUGAGACGUUAAGAUAAGUGACAAUGAGUUUGGCUUUGAGACGUUAAGAUAAGUGCCAAUGAGUUUGGGUUUGAGACAUUAAGAUAAGUGAAAAUGAGUUUGGGUUUGAGACGUUAGCAUAAGUGACAAUGAGUUUGGGAUUGAGACGUUAAGAUAAGUGACAAUGAGUUUUGGGUUUGAGACGUUAAGAUGAGCGACAAUGAGUUUGGUUUUGAGACGUUAACAUGAGCGACAAUGAGUUUGGGUUUGAGACGUUAACAUAAGUGACAAUGAGUUUGGGUUUGAGACGUUAAGAUAAGUGCCAAUGAAUUUGGGUUUGAGACGUUAAGAUAAGUGCCAAUGAGUUUGGGUUUGAAACGUUAAGAUAAGUGACAAUGAGUUUGGGUUUGAGAUGUUAAGAUAAGUGACAAUGAGUUUGGGUUUGAGAUGUUAAGAUAAGUGACAAUGAGUUUUGGGUUUGAGACGUUAAGAUAAGUGACAAUGAGUUUUGGGUUUGAGACGUUAAGUUAGGUGACAAUAAGUUUGGGUUUGAGACAUUAAGAUAAGUGAAAAUGAGUUUGGGUUUGAGACGUUAAGAUAAGUGAAAAUGAGUUUGGGUUUGAGACGUUAAGAUAAGUGACAAUGAGUUUGGGUUUGAGACGUUAAGAUAAGUGACAAUGAGUUUUGGGUUUGAUAUGUUAAGUUAGGUGACAAUAAGUUUGGGUUUGAGACGUUAAGAUAAGUGAAAAUGAGUUUGGGUUUGAGAAGUGAAAAUGAGUUUGGGUUUGAGACGUUAAGAUAAGGGACAAUGAGUUUGGGUUUGAGACGUUAAGAUAAGUGACAAUGAGUUUGGGUUUGAGAUGUUAAGAUAAGUGACAAUGAGUUUGGGUUUGAGACGUUAAGAAAAGUGACAAUGAGUUUGGGUUUGAGAGGUUAAGAUAAGUGACAAUGAGUUUGGGUUUGAGAUGUUAAGAUAAGUGUGAAAAUGAGUUUGGGUUUGAGACGUUAAGAUAAGUGACAAUGAAUUUUUGGGUUUGAGACGUUAAGAUAAGUGACAAUGAGUUUUGGGUUUGAGAUGUUAAGAUAGGUGACAAUGAGUUUUGGGUUUGAGACGUUAAGAUAAGUGACAAUGAGUUUAGGAUUGAGACGUUAAGAUAAGUGACAAUGAGUUUGGGUUUGAGAUGUUAAAAUAGGUGACAAAGUGUUGUAUAUUUGAUGUGGUGACUUGAUGUGAAAUGAUUGAAAAGUACAAAUAUUUUUUUGUCAUAAUAUUUUCCCAUUGAAUUACAUAUAUAUGAACAAAUUUCAUCAGAUUUCUUUAAGCUGAAUUGCUGUUGCUUUAUUAUUUUAAUGAAUUUGUCACAAAUAUUAAAUAGUUGUGUAUUUGUAACUGGUCAAAAUAAAUAAAAUUAUUUCUGUAAAGUACCUUUUUGUACAGAAUAUGUUUGAUGAACUGUUGCACAUUCAAUGAUAUGUCUUAUAAAUGAAGUCCAUUGUCAGUAUCCUAUGAUUGGUUAUGAGAUAUUUAUUUUUUCAUGUCCUUGUUCAUUGUUAUAGGUUUGUA